GGGUGUGUGUGUGUGUGAGAAGGUGUAUUUAAAAAGCUCGAGGACUGUGCAUCAACCGCGCAAACAAGCGGGCUGUCGGAGCAUCACCGCCUGCAGGAGUGAGCAGGUGCGGCGCAUGCGCAAAGGGAUGAACGUAGAUGGGGACUGCAGCAUGUCAGUCAACUGCGGCAAUGGAAAGCUCCGGCAGUGGCUCAUCGAGCAGAUUGACAGCGGCGAGUACCCGGGCCUGGUGUGGGAGAACGAUGAGAAAAGCAUUUUCAGGAUCCCGUGGAAGCAUGCGGGAAAGCAGGACUACAACCGAGACGAGGACGCGGCACUGUUUAAGGCCUGGGCUCUGUUUAAGGGGAAGUACAGGGAAGGCGUGGACAAGCCUGAUCCCCCAACGUGGAAGACGAGACUCCGCUGCGCCCUCAACAAGAGCAAUGACUUUGAUGAACUUGUGGAAAGAAGCCAGCUGGAUAUAUCAGACCCUUAUAAAGUCUACAGAAUCAUCCCUGAGGGAGCCAAGAGAGGCUCCAAGUCCAAUAGCAUUGAGGACAGCUCAACCCACGUGACGUCUCUCGCUUUCCCCAUGCACUCUUCAUAUCCUCCUCUACAGUCUCAGAUGUCCGGCUACAUGCUGCCUCAGGACAGAAGAGACUGGAGAGACUUCGGUCCUGAGCAGCAGCAUCAUCCGCCGCCGCACACGGAGAUACCGUACGGCCCGUAUCCAUCCCGGCCUCUACAGUGGCACACACAACCCUGCGACAACGGGUAUCAGAUUUCCGGAUCCUUCUACACAUACACUCAUUCAGAGUCGCAUCCCGUCUCAGUGGACCCGAGUAUGAGAUCCGCAGAGGCCAUGGCUCUCUCUGACUUCCGCCUGCAUGUGUCGCUGUACUACCGUGAGACUCUGGUAAAAGAGAUCACCACCACCAGUCCUGAAGGCUGCCGGAUCUCGUCCUCUCCUUCCCCGUCGUCUCCGUCCUCCCCGUCGUCCCCCUGCAUCGAGGACAGGCUCUUCGGCGGGCCUGAACCCGUGCUCUUCCCGUUCCCGUACCCGCAGUCGCAGCGGCGUGGCGCUGAUAAGCUUCCCAACCUGCUGGAGCGUGGCGUGCUGCUCUGGCUCACGCCUGACGGACUCUAUGCCAAGCGUCUGUGCCAAAGCAGGGUGUACUGGGAAGGACCGCUAGCGCCGUACUCGGACAAACCCAACAAGCUGGAGAAGGAGCAGACCUGCAAGCUUCUGGACACACAGCACUUCCUGUCAGAGCUGCAGGGUUUCAUUCAUAACGGACGUCCCGUGCCCAGGUACCAGGUGGUGCUCUGCUUUGGAGAUGAAUAUCCGGAUCCUCAGAGACAGAGCAAGAUGAUCACAGCUCAGGUGGAGCCGAUGUUUGCCAGACAGUUGGUGUAUUACGCCGGUCAGACCAGCGGGCAUUACCUGCGCGGUUACGAGCUGCCCACUCAGGGAACCAUACCUGUGGAGGAGUACUCCAGAAGUCUGCAGCACAUGCAGGAAUGAUGUCCCGGCUCAAACCUCCUUCGACGGACUUGUCCACGGAAGCCCACUUUCCUCUUAUCUGCACAGUUUCUCAUCUCUAAAAACCCUUCCAGACCCCACAUGCAGGAGGAGAGGGGACAGAAAGGUAACUACGUGUCAGCUGCCCGUCUACCUUCAGCAGACUCGUGAACAGUAAACUCAAAGCUGUGCGCCACAGAGGCAUGAAAAGAAAUACUGAUCGUGUGCUUUAUACAGUAUUAUAAAUAUGUAUUCCCAAACUGUUAAAUUCUGUACUUGAUAACUUUUUUAUUUGAAAUUAGUACUACGCUGUGUUCCAAAUUAUUGUGCAAGUGACCUAUCAGUAGGAUUUCAAAUAAAUAAACAAUUAGUUUUUAUUUUUUCAGUGAAUGUUUUUGCUUGGUUAAUUUCUCCUACCAUUAUAGGUUAAGUUAGAUAAGUUUAUAGUUUGUUAAUUAGAUUUUCAGAUGACCUUAAUUAAAGGUAAACCUACAGAACCUAAAGAGGUUGUUCCACAUUAUUAUGCAGGUUACGGUUUUCAUGCCAUAUGUGGUGGAAGAAAGAUCUGAAGAUGAAAAGCGUGAAAUAGGGCAAACAUCAUCAAACUGUGAAAAGAUUCUGGUGUUAUUCGGAGAUCAGACGAAUUCAGUCAGAUAAACUCUUAUUAAGGAAAGAUUCAUAUUUGAAGCUGCUGGUGUCUGUGGAGUCCAAAGAACUUCUCGAUGUAGGAUCCUCCAGAAGCUUGCGGUUGUGCAUGAAGCUGUACUUCGGCCACCACUAACAAAGAGAAAUGUUUGCUCAGAAAUACACAAAGACUAAUUUCCAAACAGUUUUACUCACUGAUGAAUGCCGUGCAGGAUGGUCCAGAUGGAUGGACUUCUGGAUGGUUGGUGAAUGUCCACAAUGUUUCGAUUGAGAUGUCAGCAAGAAGGUGGCAAAGUGGUGAUUGUGUAGUGAUGGUGGGGUUGGGGAAAAGUGGUUAAGGUUUUGGACUACUGUUCGGAAGGUUGUGAGUUCAAAUUCCAGGGCCACCAAGCUGCCACUCUGAAUAAGGGUGUCUGCCAAAUGCUGUAAUUGUUUGAAGUGGUUAAAUCUCUGGUUUGUUGAUCAUAAGGUCAGAGUUCAAGCCCCAGCACUGCCAAGCUGCCACUGCUGGGUAAUAGAGCAAGGCCCUUAACCCUCCCUGAUCCAGGGGCGCUGUAUUAUAGCUGCUCCUGUACGCUGAGCCCAACCGCCUCAAUUGGGAUAUGCUGGCAAUAAUAAAGGCUUGUAUGCCCCAAAUUCAUUUCAUUCAUGAUUUGAGCAGGAAUAUUGGUAAGUUAGAUAGAUGGUUCCUUUGUGGUCCCCGGUGGUGUAAAAAUGACCACAGCAAAAAAAAAAAAAAAAAAAAAAGACCAUUUCCUGCCAUGGUAUAAGGAAAACUUUAUUUUGUAAAAAAUCAUGCCAGACAACACACCAUCCCAUCUCCAUAAAGGGAGAAAAUAUCAUGGUGUUCCCAGCAUCAUCCCCUGACCUCAAGACUAUUGAGAACAUCCUUAAAAUGAAGAUCUAUUAGUGUUGGCAGACGUAUACAUUAAAACGGCAGCUCUGGGACAUCCUCAAGAGACAUACAGGCAGUUCAAUGGAUGAGAGAGUUGUUAAAGUGAUUUUCAAAAGAUUUCUGAAUUUUGACCUAUUAAAUGCGUUCAAACUGCGCUGCAUAAUAAUGUCGAACACACAAGUUUAGCUUGUUCCAACAUCCACAAGAUGAUAUAAUUGUCCAGGAUUUAAAUACUCCUUAAUCACAUGUGCAUAAUCAUUUGGAACACAGUCUACUUUUAUGAACUUAGUGUAGACUAUUCUUUAUUUUUCUCAGCUGUCUUUGCAAUUGAAAAAUCAAGCUAAAAACGCUUCCUGUUUACAACUUGAUCGAGUGCCUAUUUAUAUUUGUACUGUAAAUUGUGCAUGUGUGUGUGUGUGGUGUGUGUGGUGUGAGUUCUGUAGCCGUCUCAUCUUGAAUGUAAUUCUUUUUUUUUUUCCUCUGUUGAAGUGGCCAAUACUAAGAAAUUGAGCUUUUGAUACUUCAUAAGCCUGAACCUUUAAGCAGAGACCGUCAUCUUUUUCUGGUGCUCAGUGAGUGUGUAUGAGUGUGUAUGUAUGUGUGUGUGUGUGUGUGUGGUAGACUGAGUGCUGAUGGGAAACUGUCACAUGCAGGUUACUGGUCACAGUGUUGUGGUAAAAUGCUGUAGAAAGGUCGAGAGAGGAGAGGAGGGGAAAGACAUCAAUGUCUCUAUUUUUCUAUUUUUCUUUAAAAAUAAAUCAGGAAAGUUUUGUAAAGCUGUAUUUUUGUAUCUUGUUAUAUUCCUUUUCUAUAAUCAUGCUAUGAAUGAAAAUAAAGAUUUCUCUGUUUCUUAAA